AUGACUGAUCAACCAAAAUGGCUCAAUGCGAAUCCAGUGAUCCUCGGUCAGCCAUCAACACUAACAGCCCCCAAACUGCCCCAAGGAAUUCAUCAACUGGUUGAUCCGAUAGAUCAAUUGUGGGAGCACAUGAACCACUGCUUGGUUCUUCAUUCUCAAGUUGGGCUCACUCGAGCUGCUUCACGCGAGUAUGCGGGUUUGAUCUUAUCUGUUCUCAACAAGUCACAAGCGAUCAUGCUGGACAAUGUUGAGCAAAUCAACGAUUUCAAGCUGGCAGAAUACGAGGAGUUUGCCUCCGAUUUCCUCACGAAGAUGAAGGCGUCUUGGACGCUUCUGCAGGACCGAGCGAGAUUCGUGCAAUCUCAAGUGACCAGUCAAGCUGAUUUACUGAGGCAACGUCUUGCUGAGAUUUCAGUUCACUUCCUGGCUGCUCUAGAACGCCAAAAACUGAUCAGCGGCCCGCGUCUCAGCGAGUUGAUUAACGAUCCUCAUGAAGAUAACAUGUUGUUCCGGUAUAUCAUCCAGAAGGCCGGUCCAGUCAACAAUCUAUCUAAGGUUUACCUCAAUUUCGAUCUGAAGCUUAGCCUUCAAAACAGCCACUUCACGGAAGACAUUCACGAUCUCUUGAAAAAUUUAAAUGAAGCGACGUGGCAGAACUUGAGACGGUUAUAUUUGGGCGCUCAGCUCAAAAUCUUCGAGACAUCAACUUUAGGUGAAGUUGGAAAACAAUUCCUUCACUACACAUCCCCGACAAAGCUCGCCGAAGGACUGGAGGGACCUUCUCAUGCAAGCCCUAAGGAAUGGUUCCUGGUAACGUUACUCCCGCAGGUCUUUUUACCAUUGAGUCCGUCAUUUGAUAUGAAUGAAGAACUAGUAAAAUCCAAGCUUUUGCAUGGCAUGAUAGCUUUCAUGAUUCAAUACCAUGUCAAAGACGUGAUGGAAACUCUUAAAAAAUCACCAACUUACCGGCAACUACAAGCUUUCGAUAUAGCAACUCUGUUCCUGUCAGAUGCAUUCAAAACCGUCUACCGCGAAUUCGGUGAAGCGUUGAAGAAGGUCCCUCAGCAUUUCUCGUUCAAGGCAGAGCCGGCCUUCUGGACAAACAUCAACAAAGAUGAUCAAGCUUUGUUUCUUCCGUGGGAAGCCAAGGUUUCAUCAGAUAGGUUUGUUGGAUUUGGGAAUCCAUCUUACCGCCUCGCAGCUCUACUUCCUCCGCCUCACUUUGGAGUUGAACUUCUGAAAGAAUGGCCCGGAAGAAUGCUUGAAGCGAAUCUCGAAGCUUUGCAAUAUGCAACACCACCCAUAGUCACUUUGCUAGAGCAUAAGAGCCAACUGAUCGCAAUCAAAUUUGCAAUCCAUCGCCAUAUUGUGGAUAUUAGAAUGAGAGAGAUUUCUUCAAAAGAGGCCGAAGAAAGGGAGAAUCUCUCCGAAAGCUCAUCAGCCGCAGAAACAUCGGAGAGAAAUCGGUCAAAAGGGAGGUCAGGUAAAGGUAAGCUACAGAGGAAGCUGGCAAGAGAGAUAGAAGACAUUCAAAGGGCAGCAAGGGAAACAAGAGAAAAAGAGGCCACCGCAAGACAGAUAGCACAAUGGGAAAAGUCUUCAAAGGAGUCAGCAGCAAGAGAUACAGUGGAAAGAAUGCUUUCAAUACUCCAACCUGAAUAAAAUAAAAACUUGGCCUAAUCAACUGCAAGUGAGAUG